AUGCAGGACGGGAGAUGGCCUAGUCAGGACACUUCCCCGAGCCUCUGCUGUUGUUUGCACGAUGGCCUCGUACGAUAUCAAGGAAUCAGUUUGUCAUGUUAUUUCGUCUGUUGGACAUCUCGAUCCGGGCAUAUUUCUUUUCCUCAGACUUCAGUCUGUCUUUUUCAGUCUAUAUUAGGACACAAUAUGGGAAGCAUUCAAGUAUUGACGUCACGACCGCGGUUAUUCCCAGGUUUCUGUCCUUUCUCGGAUUUUCGUCUCAAUCGUGGACAUGGAUGGAUAGACAACAAUGAAAUCGUGGCGUUGUCCUUGGACAACUCUGCCUAA